UUGAUGUGUUAUCACUGGGGGGUUUGGAGCAGUAAAAAAAAGAAGAAGAAAAAAGAGAGCGAGGAGAGCGAGGCGAGAGAGGGAGGGACAGGGGGAGAAAAAGAGAAAGGGGGAGAGAGAGAGGCCGGCUACUCGGCGGAGAUGGAAGAACUUACGGCGUUUGUGUCCAAGUCUUUUGAUCAGAAAGUGAAGGAGAAGAAGGAGGUGAUCACGUACAGGGAAGUCCUGGAGAGCGGACCUGUCCGAGGAGGCUGCAGCGAGCCCAGCCGGGAGGACGGGAGCAGCCCGGCCUCCAGACCUGCCGGAGGACCAGGACCAGCCCCAGCUCCAGCUCCAGCUCCAGGAGGAGGAGGAGGAGGAGGAGGAGGAGGAGGAGGAGGAGGAGGUGGUGGUGGUGGAGGAGGAGGAGGAGGAGGAGGAGGAGGUGCCGCCGGAGGAGGAGGGCGGUCUCCCGUCCGGGAACUGGACAUGGGCGCAGUGGACAGAGCCAGGGACCCGGCCAGUCCCAAGCUCACCCAAGUCUCCCCGGAGCUGAAGGACCGGAAGGACGAUGCCAAAGUGAUGGAGGACGAAGGGCAGACGAAAAUCAAACAGAGGCGAAGCCGGACCAAUUUCACGCUGGAGCAGCUCAACGAGCUGGAGAGGCUCUUUGACGAGACCCACUAUCCGGACGCCUUCAUGAGGGAAGAGCUGAGCCAGAGACUCGGCCUGUCCGAGGCCCGAGUGCAGGUUUGGUUUCAGAAUAGAAGAGCUAAAUGUAGGAAGCAAGAAAACCAACUUCAUAAAGGAGUCCUUAUAGGGGCGGCUAGCCAGUUCGAAGCGUGUAGAGUUGCGCCCUAUGUCAACGUAGGAGCUCUGAGGAUGCCAUUUCAACAGGAUAGUCAUUGCAACGUGACGCCCUUGUCCUUUCAGGUUCAGGCGCAGCUGCAGCUGGACAGCGCCGUGGCUCACGCUCACCACCACCUGCACCCGCACCUGGCGGCCCACGCGCCCUACAUGAUGUUCCCGGCGCCGCCGUUCGGCCUGCCCCUCGCCACCCUGGCCGCCGAGUCCGCCUCCGCCGCCUCCGUCGUGGCCGCCGCCGCCGCCGCCAAGACCACCAGCAAGAACUCCAGCAUCGCCGACCUCAGACUCAAAGCCAAAAAGCACGCGGCCGCCCUGGGCCUGUGACUG